AUGCGCCAGAGCCUCGACCCCGACUUCCGCCACCGCCUCCAGCCCCAGCACACGAACCUGCUCAUAAGGAUCGAAUGGGAUUCGUCGGGAGAGGAGAUCGCCGAUUUAGAUCUAGGCUGCGUUUUGCUGGACGCGCAGGGCCGGUCGCUCGAAACGGUAGAUUUUAAUAAUCCCACUUCAUCUGACGGCGCGUGCGGUUAUGGGGGAGACGAGGUCGGCGCCGACGAAGGGCGGAGCGACGAGGAGUUGUUCAUCGACACGCGCAAGAUCAAUGACAAGUGUCAUAGCGUGGCUCUCGUCGCUUCUCAGUUCGCGGGGUCCUUUGGGUCUUCGAUGCUGGACGAUCUCGAGGUGUUCAUCGUGUCUUUGGCCUUUCGGGAUGCGGCGUCGGAACGGCCCUGGCAGGAACGAGCCGUCUUGAAAUCCGAGACUCUCUUCAGGGGAAGACUGGUCGCGGACCACUUCGAGGCCGAGUCGGACGACGACGAGGACUACCUGCCGCUGGGCAAGGACGACAACUUCGUCGUGCUGUUCGAUCUGACGCGCUGCGAGACGGCGGACAAGGCCGCGAAGGCGUUAGCGAGGCUGAAAUCGUUACCGCCUCCGGUCCUCGAACAGACGCCGUGCAACUGGACGGUCUGUGGGCGACUCGCCCAGUCCUACUCCAGAACAAGAAGCGAAGUCACGCACCAGGUCCAGCAGAGCAUGGUGUCCCUGUUCCCUUGGCUCGCGGUCGAGGACAAACUCGCGUUCCAUAGUGUGGGAGACAUCUGCGCCCAAUUAUCCUCUCAAACCCUACCUAGACUCAAACCGCGCUUCCUGAAACAGAUGGACGGUCUAGAUAUUGACCAGUUUAUUCAUGCGGUCUUUCCGGCGCUGGCAGAUGUCGAGCCAAUACUCAAAAGUUCGGAGCGCGAAGCGGCGAACUGCGUGAGGCUAGUCGGCGAGCUAUUCAGGCAAAUCGACGUGAACGGCGACGGCAAGGUCGACUGGGAGGAGUUCACGAAUUUUACAAUUGCCGUGGGUACUGGUAGUAGCACCUCGAAGGGCGGCACGACGGCCGACGAGUUCGAGAUAAGAUACGUUUUGGACGACGGGCACGUCCGAACCGCCCAGAGGCACAAGUCCAUCCACCGCAUGCACUGCGCGCACGCUCUGAAGAGUAGGAUCUUCGUCAUCCGGAAAGAAACAAAUGGUUUUGAAUGUUGGGAUAGGUUGGCCCGCUUCGAGCACGACUUCUACUUCCCGAAGAUCGGGGAAGGGAAGGAAGACAUGCAAUUGGACGGCUACGUCCACGACGUCCACCACGUCCCCGAGAAGAAGUCUUUGGUGGUGGCGCUCUCGGACCACACGUGGCGCCUCAUGCAGGAGGUCCUGAACUGCAACGGGGCCCAUCGGACCUACAAGGUCACGGGCCAGGUCGUCACGGUGUCCGUGCAUCGGAUGCUGAUCUGGGCGAACACGAUCAAGGCCCUCUUCACGAUCUGCGGUAAAAAUAGACUGCACUGCUGGGACGUCGACGAUGCGUUAAAGGCUCAGAGGUCGGAAAAUGAUGUGAAUGCGCACCACGGCGAGGUCGUGACCGAUUUAGUUUUUCUGCGGGACAAGGGGUUGCUCGCGACGUCGUCCCUGGACAAAAAAGUGAAAUUGUGGGACGUGGACAACCUCAUGCCCCGCGGGACGCUUUGUGGCCAUUCCCUAGGUGUAAGGUGCUUGUCCUACGCCCAGGGGCUACUCGUGAGCGGAGCCUUUGACUGUCGAGUCGUGUGCUGGGACGUCACGAGUCACGAGCAAGUCGUGGUCCUGGAGGGCCACCGACGAGCCAUCUCGUAUGUCGCGUUAGUGGCGGAGACGGCGGAGAACGUCCACGUCCAGACGCUGGACGAUGACGGCGACUGCAAGUACUGGAAGGUCGACCGCGACGGCGGCAUCGCGACGCAGGUCGACAAUUUUAAGUUACCCUACCUGGAUCCUUCCGGUCCCACCCGUAACAUUGUGCGGCCGAACAACCGCGAGCUGUCGCAGGAGGACUGGCCCGACUUACUGGUCGGUGGCGCUAAAUUAUUCCGACUCAUACCGUCCAAGUCCAUGAAGGACUUCCAGGCGCCGGCGGCCUGUUUGUACAACAAGACGUCGAAGGACUACGUGCUGGCCGUGGGGAAAGCGUUGGUGGUCUACGAGGCGACGACCGGGUUCUACGCGCGGAGGAUACCCCUCUCGAGGCAAAUCUCGGCGGCGGCCUUCGACGUGCCUCGGGAAAGGCGAGUAGUUUUGGGGACGGAGAACGGCGAGGUGCUGGUCGUGAAUUACAUCAGUGGUGAGGUGAUUAGUAAGAUACGGGCACACACGGGCGAAAUCGUGGGUGUCGCGCACGGUGGUGAUAAGGCGCGGUGCGUCAUUAGUGCUGGAAGGGACAACUGCCUGAAAGUCCACCAGGAAACUUCUAAGGGGUUGGAGUUGCUGAGGACGGUGGAGAACGCGCAGUCGUGGGUCGGGUCUCUCGCUUAUAGUCCCGUUCUAUCUUUGAUAGCGACGGGGAGUCGUUCUGGUCGCGUUGCUUUAUGGGACUUUUGCACCUUACAACAGAUGCAGAAUUUGCAAUGUCGGGGAGCCGUGGCUUCGGUGUUGUUUUUGGACCCCCGUCCCCUAUUGUUGACGGGCGAUGCGCAUGGUUCCAUCAUCAUGUGGUUGGUACGGCCCAAGAAACAAGUGUCGACGCUGUGUGUUAUUGAGGGAGCCGGCAGCGGCAUCACAUCUCUCACAAGAUUCGAUUCGACGCAUCAUAUAGCAUGUGGCACGGACGACGGGCUCAUAGUCAUGUGGGACGCUUUAUCCAUAGAAAGCAUCGCACCACUCACAUUAAUGGAACGACCGGACCGGGACGCCACAUAUAAACCGUAUAGGAAAGCGCAUCGGGAUCAGGGCCGGUGCGACUACGCGCGAAUCAUCGAAUGCGACACUACGGAAGCAUUGGAACCGCUCGCCUCCGUCAAAGCUCAUGAUGAUGCUGUAUUAUAUGUGCUCGGCGUCGAUCGACCGCAAUGUAUUUACUCCACGUCGAGUGAUGGUGUCCAAAGAUUGUGGAGGUUGGAUGAAUUACAUAUACAAACCGAAUCUGAGAUAGACAGCUUCGCAGGACCCGCGCCCGCACCCAUAGAACCGGAGACGAUCUUAGCGUGCUGCGGGUGCUUCGACCUACCCAACAAACCGGCGGACACGUUCACGUCCUUUCAGGAGGUCGAGUGGGACUAUUUCGACCGCGAGAAGGCGGCGGCGACGGCCAAGGAUCGGGAACGAGCCAAGACCAUGCUGCAGCUCGUCGAGAAGAAGCGGGACAUGAAGCAGAUCUUCCGGCGGGCGGUCAAGAAAGUGAUGCUGGUCCUGGCCUUCGGCGGUAAGGUCGAGCUGGCCAACGAGUUUCGGGACGACGAGGGCGUCCAGAAGGAGUGGGCGCGACGCCUGGACCAGAGGAGUCCGGGGCAGCGCGACGCUUCCAUGAGAAGAUCGAGACUGAGGACGGACCGCGCGUGCGAGGGCACGGGACCCGCUGCUCGCGAGGGUUUGCGGAACAAAGUCAUCGCGCAGAUGGGGAGUCCGACGCCGCCGCCGAAAGUCGUCAGUGGUCCCCAGAAGCGCAUCAACGACUUCAUGGAGCGCAUUGGUAGGAUACCGGAAGCCAGGCCGGCCUUCUCGGAACCUUCCAUACGAAAUGGCAUCAAGGAGGGCCUGUACCAUGGGGAAGAGGAAAGAUACUUAACACAACUGCGGGAAUAUCCGGAAAAACUAGCAGCGUACGCGCGGCGAGUGAACGGGGGGCAUGCCAACAUGCCUCUCGGUAGCGAUACAAUUGUAGAGGACGAGCCGUUGGUGAAGAUCGAGAACGGCCUGCCGGUCAUAAACAAGGGGGUCAAGCAUAUGGCGCUGGACGACGUUGCACGAAGUCCAACUUUAGUGAGGAACGUGCAAGAGAAAAUGGAUGAUGAGACCACUCUCACGUCAGGGAAAAAGGCGGUCAAGACGAGGAUGGAGCAUCAUAGGAGGAGGUCCCUCAAAAAGCGGCCGUCCACCGUCAACAUUAUCGAAUUGGUGAGGCCGCACUACACGGAGAAGGACGUCCAAGCGUUCCAGGACGCCUUCGAGUUCGUAGAUGUUGAUUUCUCAGGAAUGAUCGACAUGGAGGAGUGGUUCCUGUUUCUGAGGCGGAUGGAACAACGUCUCAACCCGGUCGAGGCGCAGCUGCUGUUCUUGCACCUGGAUUCGGAUCGCGACGGGUUAUUGACGAUGCUCGAGUUGUUGCAAAUCGUCUUCUCGAAGCUUGAGAGGAGGGACCAAGUAGCUUUACACAAAGUCUGUUGGGACGCGCACCUGCACCUGGCGGCGCGACGGAAGCAGAAGGACAUGGAGUUGUUGAUUCAAAAAAGAACCGAAAGGUUGUUGGGGCGGGGCGGCGACGACUCGUCCGUCGGGUCGCGGUCCGUGGGGUCGUUCACGCUGUCGACGGUAACGGGUGUUCUCUAGUAUUCGUAUUCUUAGGCGUCCGGCUGGCUCAGCGUCAAAUCCAUGACCUGGGAGUCGUCCUCCUCCGCAGCUUCAGGUUGGGUCUCCUCGAUGACGAUGGCGUUCGCGAACGCCUCGUGAGCGGCUGCCCGCCUGUAGCCAAUAAAACUUGCUAGUGUCUUACAGGCCGCUAAGCGGAAAAAAAUAAUGUUCAGGGUCAGGAGGCUCCUCCGCUGUCAGGCGCCGAGAGUCGCGCACGAGAACACCCGGGGGGCUGCGCGCACCUUGGAGACCAUCGCCGCAGCGACGUCGAGGCUGUCGCUGAAGCCCGCGCUCCCGGCGACACGCCGUCGCCUGAGCCACAAUCUGUGACAGGCAGUGGCCUCUCGCUAUCCUCGCCGCGCCGACGCCGCGCCGACGAGCGAUGAGCAACCCUGAAGAGAGGAUACAAUACUUUGCCUACAAGUGGGAUCAAGAGCACGGCUUGAACAGCGACGACGACGAGCCGCCGCGCCGCGCCCCGGCGCCCGCGCCCUCGCCGGCCAAGAAGAAGAAGAAGCGCGGCGCGCCCGCGCCCGCGCCCGCGCCCGCGCCCGCGCCCGCGCCCGCGCCCGCGCCCGCGCCCGCGCCCGCGCCGGCCAAGAAGAAGAAGAAGAAGGGCGACGUGCUCGAUUCGUCCGAGGACGAGCUCGCGCCCGCGCCCGCGCCGGCCAAGAAGAAGAAGAAGAAGGGCGACGUGCUCGAUUCGUCCGACUCCGAAUCUGAGGACGAGCCCGCGCCCGCGCCCGCGCCGGCCCCGCGGCGGGUGUCAACGCCCGAAUCUGCCGUGCGGCGGACGGCGCCCGGCAAGCCCACGCUGUGCGCGCCCUGGUUCUAUAAGCAGAGCCGGUCGGACGGCGACUUCUACUGCGUCAACGAGACAACGGGGGAGAGGACGUGGGACGUCACCGAGGCGAUGAAGGCGCAGACGCCGCCGCGGGCGCCGGCUCCCGCCGCGCGGCGGGCGCCCGCGCCCGCGGCGGCGCCGGCGCCGGCGCCGGCGCGGCACCGCGUAUUCGGCCCCCUGGAGAUCGUCAUCAUAGGAGAGAACCGGGGCCAGUUGAAAUACUGGAAGAGCGAAAAGGUCCCCGACGCCCAGUGCGUGAAGCCGGCCGCGGCCGCGUCGCUCGAGCUCACGCAGUGCGACGUCAUCGUCUUCGCCAACGACGUCGACUUAGCCUCAGUCCUCCCCACCCUCGAUACCGGCGACGUCGAUCUCGUCAAGGAGAGCUGGCUCCUCGAGUCGCUUCAGAACCGCAAGGUCGAGCCUGUCGGUGAUCACCGCGUGGUCCCUCCGCCGGCGCUGCCGCCGCCGCCGCCGCCUCUGCCGCCUCAGCCCGCCGGUGAACGCCCGACCAUUGCCGGUCUGAAGUUAACCGACGCCAACAUCGAGAGCUGGUACAACCUCGCCACGAACCAGCCGGGGCAGGUCCAGGGGAUGUUCGAGAACAAUUAUCGCCAGAAGAUAUCGCAGGAGGGCAAGGUGCCGAUCCUCUUCCCCGGCUACCGCAGCGAGACGCCGACCCUCGACCAUGAAGCGAACCGGGACAUGUGGAAGUGGAUCAUCGCGAUGGCGACGUACCUCGGGAACGCGGGCGAACAGCCGGGCGCCGCCGUCCGCGUCCGCAACGCGUCCUGGGGCAUCUGCUACAUGGGGGAGCGCAAGGUCCGGUCGCGGAUCGACGUCCGGGACGCGUACCGGGGAUCAGGCCUGCGGGGUGCGGCCACCUUCUCCCUCGACGACAUCUCCGAGCGGGUCAUCGACGCGUACCUCGCGGAGUUCCCGCCCCCGCCGCAGUAG